CGUGGGUCUUUGCAAUGACUCCUCCAAGGAGCAGCCGCACCGAUGACCGCAGCGUCAGCUCCAGACGUGGGGACUCUUGGCAGCAGAUAUCUUAGCUUCAAUUUCGGCUUCUUGCUUACACUUUGUUAUUACUCAUUCUGUGCGGCAGGAUUUACACGUGAGCUGGGAUUUCGCCGGACCGUGAACCUAGGGCUGGGAGGGCGGUGUGCGCCCGGCGCGCAUGCGCUACCAUCCCAGAACCGGAAGUGGCGCGGGGCCGGGCAUGGCGGCGGCGGCGGCGGCCGAGGACGUCCAGGCCACCCACCCGGAGGAGCCGGUUCGAGACGAUGCCGCCGUGGAGACAGCUGAGGAGGCAAAGGAGCCGGCUGAAGCUGACAUCGCUGAGCUCUGCCGGGACAUGUUCUCCAAAAUGGCAACUUACCUGACCGGAGAACUAACUGCCACCAGUGAAGACUAUAAGCUCCUGGAAAAUAUGAAUAAACUGACCAGCCUGAAGUAUCUUGAAAUGAAAGAUAUUGCUAUAAACAUUAGUAGAAACUUAAAGGACUUAAACCAGAAGUAUGCUGGACUGCAGCCUUAUCUGGAUCAGAUCAAUGUAAUUGAGGAGCAGGUAGCAGCUCUUGAGCAGGCAGCUUACAAGUUGGAUGCAUAUUCAAAAAAACUGGAAGCCAAGUACAAGAAGCUGGAGAAACGUUGAAAAACUUAUUUCUAUGGGACAACGUCUUUUUUAAUGUGGAAGAAUGUUUUUAUAAGCCCUGAAUCCUGAGGCCAAUGAAUUGUUAAAACUCCUCAAAAGGAACUAUGUUGGUCAUCCCAGAAACUUCCCAACAUUGGACUAAACUGGAGGACUGCGGCUACUCCUGAACUUCUUUUGAGGCAUUAUCCCUCGGAAACUCACACUUAAAACUCCCUUAUCUUUUACUUGAAUGCUUCAUCGUCUAUUCAGGACAGAAUCUCUCAAAGUUCAGGAUAAACCUAGGCUUGCCAGUAGAGUAAAAUGAGAGGACCUAUUUUCUUGGGUAGUGGUUGAUUACUAUAUUAUUAUCUGGCUGUAUAAAGUUUCUGUGUAAAUGUUUUUUUUUUCUGUUAAUGAUGCUAAUGUAUUGCUAAACAAGAUCUAAAUUUAAAAAGGAAAACAAAACAGACUUGUUAUUUACACUCUAUCACCUUGUGGGUAUCAGUAAUUUUAUUUUCCAUAAUAUUGCAAAUAACAGAAAAAUUUUAAAAUAAUUGUAGGCCAACUCUUAUAGACUGAGCAGAAGCUGUGAAAGGAGUGUUGUAAUAGCUUGGUAUAUGUGAUAUGUCCCUCUUGUUUCUUCUCUGUGUGAGUCAAAAGUCUGGGGAUCGAUGACAUCUGACAUGUGCUCCCUUUUGGAAAUGUGAUAAAGACAGGACGUUUACAUGCGUGUAUGUGUUAGGUGUAGAAGUGGGACUGCCACUCAUAAAAUAAACCAUUUCCUCCUA